AUGUCCUCUUCCCAUUCAGUGACAAGCGUCGUGGCGGACUCUAUAACCGGCAAGGUUCUUGUGUCUGUUGAGGAACCUGUAGAAACCGAGUUCGCCUACCCCCCAAAAGCAUCAGCAAACCCGUCUAGUCGAGUAUGGAUGCAAACGGACCUCCAUGAUAAUUCUCUCCCGAUCCCCUCGUCGUUUGCUUACAGCAUGCCUGAGCGAACGCGGCGGUUUUCCAGUAACGUUAGAGUCGGAACGAAAGCGGAAUUAGUGUCCUCGACGCCCGUAAAUGCGACCCAGGACGACAUUGCGUUGAUCAACUCGGCAGAGCAGAUAGCGAGAUUCAGGCGUACGGGCAUGAUCCAAUUUGCGACACUUUGCUGGUGCUUGUACCUCGAAGGAUGGAAUGACGGAACAACGGGUCCGUUGCUACCAGUAAUUCAGAGAGACUUUGGAGUUGGCUUUGCUGUUGUCUCUAUGUUGUUCGUUUCAAACUGCAUUGGUUUCAUCAGCGGUGCCGCAGCGAAUGUGUGGCUGGAUGAUAGAUUCGGCUUCGGCAAGGUUCCGUUAUUAACGACCUGGGUAGGCGCAGUGUGCCAACUAGCGACAUACGUGAUCCAGGCUCCUCGACCACCGUUCCCCAUAAUGGUCCUGGCCAAUUUCUUCGCAGGCUUCGGGCUCUCUUUGCAGAAUUCUCAAGCCAACGGAUUCGUCGGCGUGUUAAAGGAGAAUGUUCCAUUGAAGCUGGGUCUGCUACACGCGUCCUACGGUCUUGGUGCAUUUUCUGCACCGUUGGUUUCGACGCAGUUUUCUGAAAUGCGUCACUGGUCGUAUCACUAUAUCAUUUCUGCCGGGAUGGCCGUGUCGAAUAUCUUCCUUCUGAUCGCUACUUUCCGAUUCAAGAGGCAGGAUGAUCUUCUUGCAGAAGCAGGUCAAGAGACCGCAGAAGUGACCGUUCAUGAAGAAAACAAGUACAAGCAGAUCUUUGGGAUAAAGAGCGUCCAUCUGCUUGCCAUAUUUGCACUGAUUUACAUCGGUGUAGAGGUGACAUUAGGAGGAUGGAUCGUUACGUUCAUCAUCAACGAGCGUGAUGGGGGGCCGUCGGCUGGGUACAUCUCUUCGGGUUUCUUCGGAGGGUUGACAUUGGGAAGAGUGGGCCUUUUGUGGUUUAAUAAGCUGGUGGGGGAGCGUCGUGUUCUCUUCGUGUACGGCAUCCUGGCCAUAAUUUUGGAGAUCACGAUUUGGGUGGUCCCAUCCAUCAUUCAGAAUGCAGUGGCGGUUUCAUUCAUUGGUGUUCUCCUGGGACCCAUGUUUCCCAUCAUUAUCAAUUACGCCAGCCACAUCUUUCCUCGGUGGCUUUUGACAGCAUGCGUCGGCUGGAUCACUGGCAUUGGCAUGGCGGGGUCCGCCGCUCUGCCCUUCAUCACCGGCCUCCUGGCCUCCCGCUACGGUAUCGGCUCUCUUCAACCUCUAAUGGUCUCCAUGAUGUGUACGAUGGUCGGCGUCUGGGCCUUGGUACCAUCUGUACAAAGGCGUGCCGAUUAA